AUGCUCGGUACGGUGGUUUACUAUGGCCGUGUAGUAUCCUUAAAAGUCACCACUUCGACCGUUGUGGCGCUAACGGACCAAGGAGAGCUGCUGGCAUUCGAUUGGACUUCCGAAAAAUUCAACUCGCUUGAGUGUGGCAAAGGAAUUAGGUGCGUUGAGUUGGGUUCCAAAAAUGAUCAGCUGUUGAUCGUGCGCCACCUGGAAUCGAACCGCACUGUGCUGGACGUGAUCGAAACAAUCGACAACUGGCAUGAAAUUCAAACACUGAAAAGUUAUGAUCUGGCUUUAGAUUGUGCCGAUUUCGAAACACAAUUUUGUGUGAAAAAUAUUCAUGUACGGUCAGAAAAUCGAUGCUUUUUAGCGGAUUUUCUCGGAUUCACCCAGCUCACCUGUGGCCAGAUUGUGGUGCUAAUUGGGGCCAAUAGUAAUCUGUACUGGUUGCGCGAGCGUCAGGACGACGUCGAAAGCGAUCUGAUUAUUGUUCGAACUUUUGCAUCACACGUGCUCGAUUUCAAUCUAUCUGAAGCCACAAUCUGUCUCGCAGUGCUACUGGAAGGGGGAGUAAUGACCGUUUUUAGUCGUUCGUCUUCACCGGAAACACUGUUAAUAUGUAGUACCACCAUUUACCUACAAUCACCACCGGUCGAGGCGCACACUUUCGAACACGGGCUGUUACUAUACUCGAACGGUUUUGGAAUGUACCGUGUUCGGUAUGAGUACUCAGAGGAAGCGAAACAGAUCGUUACGGAAUGCAACCAACUUCCGGUGUAUGGGGUGGUGGCGAUAACACUGCUUGAGCAUUUGGAAAAAGCAGUUUUCCUGACCGAAAACAAUUUGUUCUAUGUGGUCGAUUGCAUGUCUGAGAAGAGCAUAGCAACGGCCGAUCCAACGAGGAUGAUGAAACUUAGGAAAAGCAUGCCGAAUGUGGCAAAACGUAUUACCAGAAGACUGACCGACGAAGUGGAGCUAGACGAACGACUAGCGCAGGCAAUUGCCAAGGAGCAAAUAAAAUACGAUGCUCUAUCUCUUUAUCGUAAUCGGCAAGUGUUUGGUAAACUGGCCAAUAUGGAUAUCUCCUUUCACAGGGAGAUGCCGUCCCGAUCUCAUGGAGCUUUGUUGGAGACCGAAGGAAAGAGCGAGCCGAUUACGCUAUUCGCCAGCGUCAAGAUAACACUGAAUCUGGGAUACUUCGAGCUGCUAGUGAGGCAGAAAAGUUGGUGCCUUAAUGUAGAGUUUAACCGACGCACUAUAGUUUGGCCGGUGCAUGAAACAUUUAACAAAGAAGGUCAUUUUCACACAAUCGUGCCUCUCACAAAAAGUCAACUAGUCAGCGGGCUGCCUACAUUCCGGGCCGAGAUUUUCACAUCGGUCGACCAUGGUCACGAUGGUGUGCUACUAACGUUACUUCCCGUCCCGACAACCGUUCGAUCUGAAGAACACAAUACAAAAGAAUUUAUAGUAAACCUAAGUUCCGCAUUAUACCGUAAAGCAGUACCGCUAAAUAGGCAAACAGCUGUUGCCCAGGAGAUUAUACGAAAAAAUAGCCUCGAUCGAUCCGAAAACCGAACCCCUGAUAUCCCCUUUCUAACAUACUGUAUUCGCAACGAGCAAUCAAAAGCAAGGGCACUUCGUCUAUCAGAAGACCUGCGAUUAUAUUCUCACCAUACGUGGUCUGUUCUGGAUGAGCCGGUUACCGUCGGCUGGAACGCUGGAAAAACGGCCAUUCAGCUAAGUGCCAACCAUCCGCUAGCGCUGGACCAGUUUAAACGAUACUUAUUAAGGGCCGAGGAGGAGUACGAUAUUGAAAUCAGUUACUGGAAGGAUAACUUGAAAAUUUUCUAUCUCAAGCUGCAAGCGGCAUCCGAGGACGAAUUAAUCGUACAACUCUAUCGACGUUUGCGAAACAGUGACAGUGAUUUAGAAAUAUUAGAAUAA